GUUAGAAAUUGUCUUCUUGAAUUUUUUUUUUCAUGUAUUGUCUUUAGUUUUAUAUUUUAUGACUUUAUAACCUUCAGCAUUGAUUCUCGCUUGAAUGAGGUUGUACAGAAAUGACUUUUACGAAGAAGGGGAGAAGCUAUCAUUUGCUUCAAAAAGGGAUUAGAAGUGGAUCUUUAAUUUUAAAAGUGGAAGUGGAAGGUAUUACCAACAUAGAUGAAAAUGCGCUUCCAGAUACUACAUCCGACAAUGACUCCUUCUUUUACAUAAAACUAAAGUACAAAAAAUACCGCGCCGUACUUGAGGAUAUCCAACCAAAUAAAACGGUCGAUAACAAUUCCCUAAUGACUUUGAGUAUGCCUUUUUCCGUAGAUUUUCAAAACCUUGGAUUUAAAUUGUGUUUCAGUUGCAAACAAAAACGAAAGAAAUACACCCUGGGAGAGGCUUUUAUAAGGUUGGAUCAUUUAUUUAAACUGGGUCCAAAUGAGAGUCAGCAGUGCCCUCUAUAUCCACCUCUGAAGAGCACUUCUUCAGAUUCUACUGGAAGCUUGGAAGUGAAACCAUUAGGAAACUUUCGAUUGAAAUACACUGUUCAUGACCCUAGGAAUCCUGAAGCUGAUUCUGCUAGUUUGACUCAAGGGUGGCUAGAAGAAGUAGAAAAGCAUCUCUCUUCAGAAAGUUUAGAUUACCCAGCUAACAGCGUGUCGAAUUCUAUUAAAAACAAUGAACUAGAUAACAUUGAAUCUGAUUUGGAAGAUUCUACUUUCCUGCCCGAAUCUGACUCCAACGUACCAGAAGGCGAUUUUUUAUGCCAAGUGGAUGACUCAGGUAUGGAGGAAGUCGAAGAUAUCAAACAAAGAGUAAAGAAACGUUUGAAGCAGCCUUAUAGCAUUACCCAGAAUCAAAUAACCGACCUUUUAGGGUUUACUUCUGUGGAAAUUGUUUCCAUUUCCAAUUUACCUCCGCUAAAAAAUGUUUUUCGUACAGGGUUUGACAUGGAUCCAUUUGUGAUUAUGUCGUUUUCGAAAAACACUUUUCGUACAAAAAGGGUUAGACAUAACUUGAAUCCAGUGUACAACCAAAAGUUCCUUUUUGAGGUUGGUGCGUUAGAAAGAAAAUACGAUAUUAUUUUUAAAGUAAUAGACCAUGAUAAAAUAUCCUUGAAUGAUUCGGUGGGAGUUUGUUCUGCGGAUAUCCAGAGCAUUAUUAGUGCCGCUGCACAACCUGAUCCUGUCACUGGGCUUUAUAAACUUAAAGAUGAACGUGAAAUUUUUGAAAAAAGUGAAAAUCCUAAGAAGGUUAAUUCACAGCCUAUCGAAAAACUUGUAGAUGAUUUCUCAUCUGCUGUCGAAAAUAACUUAGAGACAGAUGUGGUUACAAGAACUAUACCUCUAAAAUUAUUUUGUAGUGUCCCUCAACCAGAGUCUGAACAAGCAACACUUACUUUUCGUGCUAUAUUUUUCCCUUUUGCUGCAGUUCGCCAGAAAUUUUGGAGAGUAAUGCUAACUCAAUAUGGAGAAGUUGAAAAUGAGCAAGUAUCAAAAUUAGGCAUGUAUGCUGUAUUGGAUUCUUUGGGAUCAAACAUACCGGCAUUCAUCAUUGAUUCAUUGUUCCAGGAAACCUUAAGCAAAAAACCAGAUAACAACGAGGAAACUAUAAAUCUUGACGAAGCUGUUAUCUGUCUUGAGAAGCUAACAUAUCUCGUUUGUAAUCGAGACUCAUCCCCUUCUUUACAUCCGUCUAGUCCUUCACCUUUCGAUAGCAGUGGCAAAUCAACACCGAUUAAAAGUUCUGAAAUGUCUGAGGACUUAGAUGCAGCAGACGUUAUGAAUAGCAACCAGUUAAAUUUGGUUUGUUUACAUAAGUGCCCGCUUUGCUUAAAAUGUGAGCUAGACAGGAUGGACCAAUUUCGAGCUACUGUUCAUGUUGCAACAUGUGCCAGUCAUGAUUGGAAACGCGUGGAUAGAUUAAUGAUGUCCAAUUACCUUACCUUGAACCAAGCUCAAAGGAAAUGGUUUGCCAAGGCUUUUACAAAGGUAGCGUACGGAUCGCAUAAACUAGGAUCGACCUCAGCGAAAACUUUAGUACGAAAUCGUAAAACGGGACAUAUUAUCGAAGAAAAGAUGAACGCUUAUGUCCGAGUUGGUAUACGUUUGCUAUACCGGGGUAUACGCAAUCGGAGAAUGGAAGGGACAAGAGUACGAAAGCUACUGCGAUCGCUGACGCUCAGACAAGGCAUAAAGUAUGAUUCUCCUUUAUCAACAAAAGACAUCGUACCCUUUAUUCGAUUUUUUGACUUGAAUACGGAUGAAAUGGAGAAGUCGAUAGAUGAAUUUAAAUCUUUUAAUGAGUUUUUCUAUCGAAGAUUGAAACCUGGUGCGAGACCUGUGGCUUCACCAGAUAAUCCGAAUAUUCUUAUUUCAGCUGCUGAUAGUCGGUUGGUUGUUUACGAGAACAUAAAUAUUGCUACAACUUACUGGAUCAAAGGAGCAGAAUUUUCUAUAGCUCGACUGCUUGGCCCUCAAUAUGAAAAUGAAGCCUCUCAGUACAUGGACGGGUCCAUUUGUAUAUUUCGCCUGGCUCCUCAAGAUUACCAUAGAUUUCAUUCUCCCGUCGAUGGGAAACUUGGAGCACUAAGUCUUAUUGAGGGACAAUACUAUACUGUCAACCCUAUGGCUAUUCGGUCGUACUUGGAUGUUUUUAGUGAAAAUGUUAGGACUGUUCUACCUAUUGAAUCUCCUCAAUUUGGUCGCAUUAUGUACAUAUGUAUAGGUGCUAUGAUGGUUGGUAGCAUCCAACAUACAGCUGACGAGGGACAAGAAGUUAAACGUGGUGAUGAAUUAGGCUAUUUUAAGUAUGGUGGAAGUACGAUUGUUGUAUUUUUUAAAGGGAAUCGGGUUAUGUAUGAUGACGAUCUUUUACGAAGUUCUAAAGAAACAACAGAGACUUUGCUCAAGAUGGGAGAAAGCGUUGGAAAAGCUUCUGGAGAAUCAUUGAAUGAAAAAAAUAAAAAGGAGAUUUAAGUUGACGUAGUUUUUUGGCUUAUACAAGUUUAAAGGUACGCAAUAAUACCUUUUAGACAACCAAGGUUCGUUUGUUUUCUCAUUUGGUUUUAUUUAUUUAUGGUUUUUUUUAGAAAUAAAGAUUUUGCUAAUAUCUUGAAAAGUAUCAGCCAG